ACAGUGUUAGUUUGAGGAUGUCUUGUCCUUGUUCACACUUGAAUGAGUACAUAUCCUCAUUCUUCAAGAUGUCGACGUUGCUCCUGCUCGUAACGCGCCGUUCGCUAUCCUUCGCGUCCUCGCUGCUCCACUUCACGUCAUCUCUCUCUUCUUCUGCUUCUCCUCGCGUCCGGUUCCUCAUCUCGUCCAAUUCCCGGGACCUCGAGCGUUCUCUCCGUCUUCACUACCCCAAUCUAUUGGCCUCCCACGAACACGAGUCGAUUCCCGACUGGUCCGAUCCAAAAGAUCUCCAAGAAGCCUUAGGAAGAUGUGACGGGGCUAUAUUCGCCGCCAGUGGCUGCGGAGACGGCGUCAUUAAUCUACCGAGUAACCCAUCGGACGAAUGGCUCCAAUGCGAGCAGAACUUAGCAACUCUCGUGUCCAAAGACCAUCGGGUUGUCAAGUUAUCGUGGACUGAAGGGUUCGUGGAAGAGCGUUCUCCUUCUGCUGCGGGGAGAGCCAACUUUGAGCUGGAAAAGGAAUUGAAGGGAAAGUUUGGGGGUGGAAAUAAUGGGGCUCAAAACUUGACUAUUCUGCGAGCCCCUACGGGGAUGGACGCGUUCCUGCGAGGUCGGUUGUUCGACUUAGUGUGUGGGCGGACGCUUUCCAUGAGUGUUAAACGAGGACGCAUUGCAUUUGUGCAUCCGUUGGAUGUGGCGGAAAGUUUGAGCGCGGUGUUAGUGAAGCAGAAUGAUGGAAUGAAUGAAGGUCUGUAUAGUUUGACGGGACCUGAGGCGUUGACGUUUGAGGAGGUUGCGAAGAUUUUAUCAGAGGGAAUUGGCGACAAAGUGAACUACUCGAAUUUUCCGUUGUGGGCGGUGCAACCUGCGCGAUGGGUACGGGGAGUACCGGGAGAUGCUAUUGAGGAGGAGCUUGGAGUGAUGCGAGCGUUGGAGGCUGGUGCGCAGAAUGGGGUGGAGAUCGAGGUUAUGGAGAAGUUAGUGGGACACAAGCCGCGUACAUUCCGCGAGUUCGUAGCGCAGAAUUCGGAUGCAUGGCCCCGUGCUGAACCGCUGUAGCGCGAUAGGGACGAAUAACAACAGGUAAAUUUCAGCCUUCACCUGGCAUAUGUCAACUGCUUCGAAGAAUGGCCUUAGUUGCCUGGAACGUUGUAUUAGCCUUGAAGACAACAAAGUUUGACAGAAGGUGAUUCACUGCUUGUUACCAAUUUUCAUUGCUCACGAAAACAUGAAAAGCGAAUGAAAUGUGGAUGAUGAAAAAUCACCCAACUUAAGCAGUUGUAAAACAGUUUGCUGAGCUUUGGAACGUGCGAUCCGUCCCAAUUCGUGCGCAGGAUGCCGAUGAAUAUUAGUCCUUGCUCGAAUGGAUGGGGGAGUUCUCCAGCAGAUAGCUGUCUUCGGUCUCGUCGAUACGCUUGGGUGUCAUCAGCGACACGAUCACAGUCACGACAGGCGGAAUGACGAGCGUUACGAUAAAUGUGAUCAUGCUGUUCUGCGAGUAGAGUCCCUCGGGUAGAAUAAACCAGUUGAAUCCACCCACAAACUUUCCCUGUGCAAUCACGCCGCAGAUGAAGAUGGUGAUCAGCCCAGCAGCACUCCCAGCCAGUGCACCCGUGCGAGUAGCACGCUUCCAGACCCCAAGCAACAUCGGACCAACAGCACCAGUGCACAGCAAGUCAGCGAUCAGGAACAAAUUCAGGAUGUCAUACUGCUGAUAGCCGAUCACGAUAGCUGGCGCGUUCAGCAACGCUGUACAGAAAAAUAAAUUACUUACUUGUCAGAAAAAUAUUUUAGAAAAACAAUCAGUAAAAAAAACAAAUUACUUACCAACA